CGGUGGGGAUCCGGCUGGAACCGGUUGGGCCGCGUCCGGCUCUAUAUAAAACUUUAUAAACACCCGAUUCAAAUUAGUGGGGUCGCGAGCUACACGAGCGAGCCCAACAAACGGGAUCCCCUUUCCCCCCCUCCUUGUUUUUAUUUUCCGUCCUCCCUUUCUGCGCGGCUUUCCCUCCCAAACAUCCGAGUUUCUCCUUCCGCCUAGAGACCUUGCCUUUCUCGUUUCAAUCCGAGCCGCCUUCUCGCUCUCCCUCCCUCACGCGCCGCUGACAUGCCCAAGAGAAAGGCUGAAGGGGAUACCAAGGGUGACAAGGCCAAAGCAAAGGAUGAGCCACAGCGGAGAUCAGCAAGGCUAUCUGCUAAACCUGCUCCUCCAAAGCCAGAACCCAAACCUAAAAAGGCAGCUCCAAAGAAAGGUGAGAAGGUACCCAAGGGAAAGAAGGGGAAAGCUGAUGCAGGCAAGGAUGGAAACAACCCUGCAGAAAAUGGAGAUGCCAAAACAGACCAGACAAUUUAAAAUAAUAUAAGCAUUUGGGGUACACAAAUCAGAAUAAUAUGAAUCAACAAGCCAGAUAGAAUCAUUGGAUCAGAUCUUCAGUUUGAAUCAUCAGAUCGAAUCAAUUUUUGUUUGGAAUUACCAAAUUGCGUUGAUAUAGUUCAGAAAAAAAAGUACAGACAUUGAGUCAUUGUGUUGGUUCAUAGAGUCAAUUGAAUCUCCAAUUUUUCCAUUUCUAAGAAGCAUGUAUGAAGUCAGUGACUCCUGCAGAAUAAAAUUACUAUGUGAAAUUACAUGUAUCCAAAAGGAAGCCACCAUAGCCUCCCAAUCAAUAUUGUAUUUUAAGUAAUCACAUCCCCAACAAAUCCUGAACCUUUCCUUAACAGCGUCUAGUUUUUAAAAAAGCAUUUUAAUUAAUUAUAAUUUAAAACUAUGACAUACAGGUACCAAAAUGUUUUUUCCUUGACUUUCAUGUUUAAAACCUCUAGUUCAACAUUCACAUAUUUAACUCUUGUCAUGUUUACAAAACAUUACUGUAGGCUUAUUUUGUAAAUAAUGUGUCUAUCUUCUACUGGGGAAUAUAGAACAAUUAAAACUGUCAGCCACAUUUUCACAUUAAAAGUAAUUUAGUUAUUUUUUUAUUUGGUGAAAAACUAGCACAUUAUUACAAUAUGUACAUGCAGGUAUGAAUAGAGACGACUACUAGUUAUGCAAAUGCAAAUAAAAUGAAACAAUUGCAAGAUAAUUCAGUGGUAUAGUUCUGGAUAAUAUUUGAAAUAUUUUAAACAUAAUAAAAUUAUUUGCUUUGUUGCUUAAAUCUCUUCCAUCAAGAGUGCUUGAUUUAUUUGGGCAAUAGCUACAUCUUACAUGCAAACACUUGAUUUUUUGAACAGUAACUGAACAACGUAAAGUGCUCUCUGAUGAACUGCAUUUCUU